AAAACAUACCCAAACUCACAAUGGCUGCCUCUGCUACCUCCUUCGACGCCUCCAUGGCCCUCGUCGACUCCGCCCGAAGCGGCUACAACAUCGUCUCCGGCCCCAAGACCGGCCCCGGCUCUGGCUCCAGCUCCGGCUCGUCCUCAUCGUCAAACGGCCGCAACUAA